AUAUCAGAAUAUUUUCGUAAAAAUUAAAUAAGGCCCGGAGUGGAAGGCCAUUCGUGGAUGGAGGGCGACUUCUGCGACCGCGGCUGAUCGCCGCCGCUUUAGCCGGCGCCGAAGCCUUCGCUCCGAUGGGAGACGUCAACGUAUCCAGAUGGCGCGCCCCCCUCCGUCUCCCUUUCCCUCCGUUUCGGAGUCGAUCUCGUAUUUUACCGAUCCGUUCCCCCCCUCUUUUGCCCAUUUUACAGCGAUGGAAGACCCAACCUUUCCGCUCUGCGCCACCACAGCUUGUUCUUCUUUUCACCUUGUUAUCCACCUCGGGCUCUUCCUCUUUCUGCGUCUCGCGUUCCUUGCCUGUCGCGUAUUAGCAGAGAAGGGGAAGAGAUGGAGGGAGGGGCGGAGGAAGGGAAUGCGAGGGACGCUCUGUAUGCAGAGGGAAGAGAUAUGCGCUUCCGCAUGGAGGUGGGCGACCGACAUCAGGGCGACGCAAUCCAAAUGGCUCGAGAAGAACCUCCGAGAGAUGGAGCAUAUGGUGACAAAUAUACUUAAGGUUGUUGAAUCAGAUACCAAUUCCUUUUCUGAAAGAGAAGAAUUGUACUUCAAAGGGAGAUCGGAAUUGAUAGGUCUGGUGGAAGAUGCCUACAGAUCCUAUAGAACAUUGGUUGCGAGAUUGGACUGUGUCUCAGGAGAACUAAAUAAGGCCAACUACAUUAUAGCGAUUAAUUGUCCUGACCAGGUCCAGCAUCCCAUGCCAGAGGAAGAGGAGGACAACAUUUUUCCAAAAGCAUUCAUCCCAACUCACCCUAGUAAGAUUAACAGAACUGUUGACGGAUUCAUAGAGAAAAGAAAAAUUGAAUUGCCUGUAAGGAAGGUGGAUGAUGCAAAGGCCAGAUCUCAGGUUGAUGACAUGAAAGUGCAAGAAGAGAUAAAUGACCUUCAUGAAGGAAUACUAGCUCUGCAAGUUGAAAAAGAAGCCGUCAAAAGAUCAUAUGAGAGUGGUAUAGCCAAGUAUUGGGACAUUGAGAGGCAAAUCAUUGAUAUGUAUGAUGAAAUGUGUUGGUGGCUGGAUGAGCAUAGCACUGCUGGAGUCAUCAGUGAUGUCAAGGAUGAUAUGCUGGUGACAGAAAAAACCCUCACAUCCUGUGAACAUGCCAUAGGUAGAUUGCAGGAGCAGAGACAGAUAGUAUUGGAUCAAGUAAAACUAGAAUCUGAAAGAAUUAAAAUUAUCAAAGAAAAAUUGAAGGCUCUAAUGAGAGAUUGUUGUGAAUCUGGGAUGGAUAAUGAAGAAAUUGUUGCUGAAACAACAGAGACGAUCUUCAUUUCUGAGAUUGUGGAGAAAGAAGAUUCUCUGGACAAGACUAAGCUAGAACUGCAAACCAUACGGGACAAAAUCAAGAAAUGUUUUGAGAUGAACCCUGAAGUCUACACAGUAGAAAUCACUGGAAAUAUAGAUAAGCUUGUAGACAAAGUUGCCUCAUUGAAACUCAUAGUUUCAUCACAGGUUGUUCAAAUAAAUCAAUUAACUUCAGAUAUUAAUGAACUUGAAAAAAGUGCAAAGAACUUGGAAGAGGAAAAAAUGAUUCUGAUCAAAGAUUCUGCUGUGCCAAAUGUAAGAUUAACCCUAGAUGAGUUGAGAAAAGUUGAGGCGAUUGAGAAAAUUAUCAGAGAUGAAGAAUUAAGUUUCCAUGAGAACUUAAUUGAAAUUAUUCACAUCAUUAAUGGUAUUUCAGAGAUGCUUCCGUCUUGUAAGCUUGCGGAAAAUGCUUGCGUUGCAGAUGUGCUAUGCAAAGAUGUAGAGAUAACUGAAAUCCAUGACAUCAAAGAGGAUUUGGUUGAGGAGAUUCAUAUGAAUCAACCGCUUGCUGAAUUCUUAGAAGAUUAUUUCCAGAACAAGGCAGAUGCUUUGCUUAAAAAUGCUUCAGAAGUAGGCAAUAAGAAUGAUGUGGAGACAAAGAAUAAAAACUACAUCCUAGAGAUGAUUGCUCUGAUAGGGGAACUGGUGAAUGUCAUUACAGCAAGAGAUGAGGAGAUCCAAUGGCUAAGGGCCUUAGAGGCAGGGUCUAAUGGUUCUGCAAUUGCUCCAUCUGUUGAAGAUUCUUGUCACAGUGAAAUAUUACCCUCAAAGCCUGCAACUACCACGAAGGAUUCUGAGAUUUCGGAAUUCCCUCUCCAAAGUGAUUCCUCUGAUCAUGGCAUUAAUGUGGAGUGUGUCAAUGAGAAGAAGUGCAUUUCAUCUACUGAAGAGAAGUUUAGAAAAGAUGUCAAUCAUUUGGUAGAUAAAAAUUUAGAAUUUUGGUUAAGAUUUAGCACAACUCACCAUUAUGUGCAACAGAUUAAAGCCAAAUAUGAAGAGCUACUUGCUGAUAUCAAUAAACCGAAUGACAAAAAAACAGAAGAAGGCAACAGUCAGGCUGGCAAAACUGAAUCAGAAUCAUUUGUGAAAAGACUGGGUCAAUUCAAGACUGAACUCCUGGUGUGGUCGGAGCAGAGCUUGCUGUUAAGAGGUGAACUAGAAAGGAGGUUAUCAUCUCUUCGUAGUAUGCAAGAGGAGAUAUCAAACAUUGUGAAUAUAGGUUCAUCAUCUGGAGAAGCAUUGUUCGCUCCCGACGAAGCCAUGAGAUUACAAAAUGAAGCAAUGGGCAUGAAACAUGAAAGCGGUAAAUCUUUGAGCCAUCUGUUGGGGCUAGAUCAAAUCAGGGGGGUUCAAACUGAAAUAGAGAAGCAGUUAACUAUGCUAUGUGACAACUUUCAAGUAUAUGUAUCAGGAGAGACAAAUGAUCCAAGUAAGGAAGGAGUACCAUUGAGCACCUUUUUUGAAUUGGAGCCCAAAAAACCAUCAACUUUUUCUCGUAUUCUGCCCCUUCUUCGGAAGUAUAAGAAUAAAGUAAGCAGCCGGUAAGUUGAUGACAGUGUGAAUGGCUGUAAGGUGUGGCUAGCCUCUACCACACAAACUGGUACAAUCUUUUUUGAGCAUGUCUGUAGAAUUUCUCGCUUGUAGUUGGACACCUAGGAUUUCAUUACCAUCCAUGAAGGUUUUUUUGAAGCACACUCCUUUCUUGUUGGAAUGUACACCAAUGAAGGCCUCUCUAUUUGAGAUGAGGUUAAAUCUUAGGAUGUAAAACUACCUUUCUUAUUCACAGUCGUUUGUCUUCUAUUUGUACACGAAAACAUUGAAAAGUAGCCCAAAAAUAGUCUCUUUUUUACCCAUGUUGCUGAUACUGUACUUGUCAUCACGGACAAAUAUUGCUUAUAUUUGUAUAAAAAAUGAAGCAAAGGGUGUUGAUA